AUGGCUUCGGUCCAGUCCGCGCCAAACAUGCAAUCCCAUGGUAUUGCUCUUCCCCAGAACCUUUCGCAGGCUCAAGUCCAAGAGGUGUACCAGAAAUUUCAGCGCAUGAAAGCCCAAAAUGUCCCCGAAACUGAUCCUGAGUACCUCAAAGCCCACCGCUUCCUUGCUGCGGUCCAACAGCAACAGAACUAUCGAAAAAUGGCGGCGAUGCAGCAGGCGCAAAAACAACAGCAACUUCAAGCCCGGCAACAACAGGGUCAGCAAAAUGGACAACAGACAAACAGCAAUGCCCAUGUGGCGCCGAUAAACGGCGCGGCCAGCAUUUCGACGUCGAAUACUGGUCAAACAGUCAACGGUACUCCUCCAGCACCUAAUCAGCCUGCGAAUCCAUCCAAUGGUGCUCAAACGGCCGCGACCCAAGCCCAACGAGUUGCAGCCCAGGUGAAUGGGACGUUUUCACCUGAACAGCUGAACCUCUUGCGAACACAGAUAUAUGCAUUCAAGAUGCUAUCGAAGAACAUGCCGCUUCCUCCGAAGCUUCAACAGCAGUUGUUCCCGGCUCACAAGCACCAACAAACCAACAUAUCUGAUGGUAGCUCGGCCAAUGACAAGACGGCGAAGGCUCCCGUUCGCCAAAAGGAUGGUGCCGCGAAAGAGCUCAUCCAAGCAAAGUCUUAUUUCGAGACAUCUCAAUCUCCUUAUGAUCUGCUUAGCAAGAUGAUUAGCUUUUCAGAGCAUGCUCAGCGGUCUAAACGUCAAAAGAUCCCAAGCAUCAUGCCUAUUGGUAUUGACGUCGAGGAAAUGCGAGAGGAACAAGAGCGUCUUCUUUACAACCGAAUCCAGGCUCGCAAAGCUGAACUCGCCACUCAAGUUGCAAACAUCGCGACAUGGGAUACUAGUAAAUCAGCCGAUCCAGAAGCUGAUGACACUCUCAAGAUCAAGGCAUUGAUUGAAUUCAAGAAAUUGAGUUUGGCACAGAAGCAACGUGAUCUUCGCCGAGAGCUCCAGCAGGAUCUGUAUUAUUACGAUAACCUGGCCAUGACCGCCAAUCGGUCUAUGCAUCGUAGGAUGAAGAAACAAUCACUGCGCGAGGCUCGGAUCACCGAGAAGCUCGAGAAGCAACAGCGAGAUGCGAGAGAGAACAAGGAGAAGACAAGACAGUCUAAUCACUUGCAAGCCAUUAUUGCACACGGUCAAGAUCUUCGCGCUAAUGCUACCAGCCAGCGUAGUCGUGUUCAGAAGCUUGGCCGCAUGAUGGUCGCUCAUCACCAGCAUAUGGAACGUGAGGAGCAGAAGCGCAUUGAACGAACAGCCAAGCAGCGGUUGCAGGCUCUGAAGGCUAACGAUGAAGAGACCUACCUGAAACUUCUUGGGCAAGCCAAAGACUCGCGUAUCACACAUCUUCUGAAGCAGACUGAUGGUUUCUUGAAACAACUUGCGGCUUCAGUCAGACAGCAACAACGCAGUACUGCAGAGAAAUGGGGCCAAGACGAUUAUGAGGACGAAGACGAAGACGAAGAGGGAUCCGACGAUGAAGGCGGUGGAAAGGUCGAUUACUACGCAGUCGCCCAUCGCAUCAAGGAAGAAGUCACAGUGCAACCGUCAAUAUUGGUAGGAGGAACCCUGAAGGAGUACCAGCUGAAGGGUCUUCAAUGGAUGAUUUCGCUAUUCAACAACAAUUUGAACGGUAUUUUGGCCGAUGAAAUGGGUCUUGGAAAGACGAUUCAGACCAUCAGCUUGAUCACGUACCUUAUCGAGAAGAAGAAGCAAGCUGGCCCAUUUCUGGUCAUCGUACCUCUCAGCACCUUGACUAAUUGGAAUCUUGAAUUUGAGAAGUGGGCCCCCUCGGUUAGGCGAAUUGUGUAUAAAGGGCCUCCCACUUCCAGAAAAGCUCAACAGGCAAGCAUUCGACAAGGUAAUUUCCAGGUGCUUCUGACAACCUACGAAUACAUUAUCAAGGACCGACCAAUAUUGAGCAAGAUCAAAUGGGUCCACAUGAUCGUCGACGAAGGCCACCGCAUGAAGAAUGCCCAAUCCAAACUCAGCAGUACCAUCACUCAGUACUACACAACGCGUUAUCGCCUGAUUCUGACUGGUACGCCGCUGCAAAACAACUUGCCCGAAUUGUGGGCGCUUCUCAACUUCGUCCUUCCCACUAUCUUCAAGUCCGUCAAAUCGUUUGACGAGUGGUUCAAUACCCCUUUCGCGAACACUGGUGGCCAGGAUAAGAUGGAACUAUCCGAAGAAGAAUCUCUUUUGAUCAUUCGUCGUUUGCACAAAGUUUUACGACCUUUCCUCCUCCGUCGACUGAAGAAGGACGUCGAGAAAGACCUACCUGACAAGCAAGAACGUGUUAUCAAAUGUCGUUUCUCGGCGCUCCAGCAAAGGUUAAAUGUGCAGUUGAUGACACACAAUAAGCUUGUCAUUGCCGACGGCAAGGGUGGCAAGACGAGCAUGCGUGGUCUCAGCAAUAUGUUGAUGCAGCUGAGGAAAUUGUGCAAUCACCCUUACGUCUUUGAGCCAGUCGAGGAUCAGAUGAAUCCCGGUCGUGGCACCAACGAUUCCAUCUGGCGUACCGCAGGCAAAUUCGAGCUUCUCGAUCGCAUUCUGCCCAAAUUCCGCGCCACUGGACAUCGCGUUCUCAUGUUCUUCCAGAUGACGCAAAUUAUGAACAUCAUGGAAGAUUUUCUACGUCUCCGUGGUAUCAAGUAUCUACGUCUUGACGGCGCUACGAAGGCCGAGGAUCGGUCAGAUCUAUUGCGCGUCUUCAACGAGCCGGGAUCUCCAUACUUCUGCUUUCUGCUCUCCACUCGUGCAGGUGGUCUUGGUCUCAACCUUCAGACUGCAGACACUGUCAUCAUCUACGAUUCUGACUGGAAUCCCCACCAAGACUUGCAAGCUCAAGAUCGUGCGCAUCGUAUAGGACAGAAAAACGAAGUCAAGAUUCUGCGUCUGAUCACGUCCAAUUCGGUGGAAGAAAAGAUUCUUGAACGCGCCCAAUUCAAACUCGACAUGGAUGGCAAGGUCAUUCAAGCUGGUAAGUUUGACAACAAAUCUACAGCUGAAGAACGAGAUGCAUUCUUGAAAACUCUUCUCGAGUCGGCCGAGGCUGCGGAGCAGACUGCAGAACAAGAAGAGAUGGACGAUGACGAUCUCAAUGAGAUCAUGGCUCGCAGUGAAGAGGAGUUGGUCCUCUUCAAGAAAAUGGACAAGGAGCGAGAGGCAUCCGACCAAUAUGGACCUGGCAAGCAGCUGCCGCGUCUUAUGGGCGAGGACGAACUUCCAGAUAUUUACAUGACCGAAGAGAAUCCUGUCCAGGAAGAAGUUGAAGAAUAUGCUGGUCGUGGAGCCCGAGUUAAGACUCAAGUCAAGUAUGACGAUGGUCUGACCGAAGAGCAGUGGCUUGCCGCCGUUGACGACUCCGAUGACUCAAUUGGUGAAGCUGCAGCCCGCAAAGCCGCCAGGAUCAAGAAGAGGCGCGACAAUAAAGCCAAGCGUGAACGUGUCGCAGCAGGUGUCGCAUCGUCACCUGAGCCUGAGCAAGAGAGCUCUGAAGAAGAAGAACCGCCUCCCAAGAAGAAGGGAUCGAGAAAAUCAGUGGGCCAGAAGCGAAAAGGAGAUGACAUCGAAGAAGAGACACCGCCUACGAAACGCAAGCGUGGCAGACAAUCCAAGGCUAUGGAUCUUCUGAGCCCUUCGGACCGAAGUACAUUACAAAAGGCCCUCAAGUCGGUGUUUGAAUCGAUCAAGGCUUUGGAAGUUCCGGACUCAGACCCAGAAGAGCAAUCAGACGAUGAAAGUGAUGACGAGACACCCACUCGAUUGAUCAUAGGACCCUUCCUGGAACUGCCACCGAAGAAAUUGUACCCCGACUAUUACAAUUUCAUUCAAGACCCGAUCGCCAUGGAUAUGAUCGAGAAACGCAUCAACAAUCACCAAUACUCCACGCUCAAAGAUUUCAGCAACGACAUUGCCCUUCUGGCGAAGAACGCCAAGACAUACAACGAAGACGGCAGCAUGUUGUAUAAUGAUGCCAUUGCUAUUGAGAAUCAUUGUAAUGAGCAAAUUGCUAAACAAAUUGGUCGAAACCCCAGCCUUGCCAGCAUUGGCGACAAAUCGGGCCAAGAUGGUGAUUCCACUGCUGCAGGUUCAAGCGCUGGGACACCUCGGGCAUCAGUCGCUCCUACGGGAGCUACCAAGCUCAAAUUGACUCUAGGAGGAGGUGGUAGCAAUGGGUAUGGAACGACAAGUGGUGCAGCAAGUGGGACGGAAUAA